GGGGUGGCAGAGGGGCACAGAGUCUGCCCCAGGGGUGGCAGAGGGGCACAGAGUCUGCCCUGGGGGAGAGAGGAUGGACGGGAUGGCUGGGCUUGGGAAGGAGAAGGGCCUCCUCUCCUCAGAGACGGGGCGGAAGGUGUCGGCAUGAUGGAAGCCGAGGAAUGGGGCCCAAGGGAGCUCUGCGAUGGGCCCCGCCGGGAGUCGGACAGUGGAUGGCGAGGAGGCGGCGGCCACACUGCCCGGCUCCCGGGCACCUUCCUCGGUUGUGGCUGUCCUCGGCUCCAGGAGCAGUUCGAGCAGGACUGAAGGCGGCGGAUGGUGGGAGCAUCUGAGGCUGGCAGUGGGCCGGGGGAGGGGGAGGGGGACGAGAGGAGGAGGUGGUGGAAGAUGGCUCGCCAAAGUCGGCUGUGGAGGCUGUCCGUGGGUGGGUGGCCGGGCAGGGUGGGGGCUGGAGGAGGAGAAAGCUGAAUGGCCUCUUGGUGGGGGGAUGGAGAGAAGACGAGCCGGGCCUGAUGGAUCCCCGCCAAGGAAGUGCCCGAGUGAUGGAUGGGGCUGGACGAGAGGCACUUUGGAGGUUAGGCCGGUGAAGGCAGGGCCUCAGCCCCGUCCCACCCGGGCAGUCCUCUGGGACCAUGGCUGGAGGCAGCUCUGCUCUGCCAUCCUCACGGCUGCCUCCCUGCCUCGGUCAUUUCCUCGGGCCACCCCCGGGGCCUCAGCCCUGAGCAUGUGGCCCCCCUUCUGGAUUUCUGUCCGAAUGGCUCAACGGCGCCGGCCAAGCCCGUCCCUCUGGCUCACGGCACACGUGGCACGUUCGUUUCACUGCAUCACAUGUGCAUGUACACACGUGACACGUACACAUGCGUGUUUGGGCCCGUGUGCCAUCAGGCGGGCAGGCAGCCCACAAACUGAGGAGGGCCCUUUCGACCCUAGCUGGAGCAACAGCCGACUCGCAGAUGCUCCUGGGGCGAUCCGGGGAGGGAGAAGCGGGCCCCGACCAGGGAGCAGAGGGAGAGGCCCCAGGCCGAGCUGAGGGGGAGCCCCGGGAACUCCUCGGGCUUGGAGCCCACCCACGGAAGAGAUCCCGGACAAGGCCGGGGGCUUCUCUGGGCAGCGGCGGCCAGGGCUGUCCUGCUGGCCCAGCCUCAGCCCCUCAGACCCAGGGAUGGACUUUCCUAGGAGGCCCAGAUCCUAAGCCAGGAUGGGCCACAGCACCAAGGCCUAUAGGGGACAAGGGAGGCUGAAGCCGGACAGACUAAAGGCCACGUGGCCAGGCCCACGGGGCCUCUGGAGAAGCUCCAUCCACCCAGCAGGCAAGCCCGGCUCCGAUUUUUGCUGGGGAAAUUCAGGACCCUUUUCUUCCUGGACCCACCCGAUGCUGAACUGAUCACUGAUAUUAGCCAGCAUUCCAGUCAUGCCUACUAUGUGCUGGGUAGUGUGCCAACUGCUCACUUGGUCCCACAACAACUCUAGGCAGAGGUGCUAUUGUCCUCAUUUUACAGAGGAGGACACCGAGGCAGACAGGUGAAGCGACUUGCCCAGGAUUACAGAGCUAGGGUCUGAGACUAGAUUUGAACCUGUCUCCUGACUCCAGGCCUAGCAUUCUGUGCCAUCCAUGUUUGGAACACUGGACUCGGGUUCUAAUCCUGCCUCAAGCUUCCGCUUGCUGGAUGGUAUCAGGAAAAAGUAAAUCCACCACAUGGAAGAAAAAAGUCAAAAGUCAAAAUUUCUGAGUUGAGGUAGAAAGUUGGAUUUUAUUGGGAGAGGCCAAAUCUUGCAAGAAGAUGGGACUUGCCUGCCGGGUCCCACAAGAUGGCGGAGGCCCAUUUACAUACUGUCACAAAAGACAAGGCAGAUCAUCCUUCGCCCUUCCAGCCACCCAUGCCAAAGCUGAUUGGUUAGUUCAUUUAGGAAACCCCAUCCUUGGCCAAAGACUGAAGCAGCAGGCAAUGCCCUUGUUGAGAGCGAGCUGGACUGGUGCUCAAUUCCUCAAAGGGAAGGGUGGAGGGGUUUGCAUGGCCGGCAUCUUCAACUAAGAGAAGUGCUUCCUGGGUGACUGGUGAGGGCCGGCUGGCCGGCCGAUGACCUUACGCCUAGCACUGCCCUAAAAUCCAGUCGGGUUGGGGGUUGGUAGGCCACAUGGGCUGGGCCUCCGGUGCACGGCCCUAACACCUGCUCUCAGGAGCAGAUAGUCUGCUCGGCCAACCCCCUCCUCCCCGGGGAAGCCAUCUCUCCCAGAACUCUGGACACCCGGGAGCUCUUAAAAGCAGAGGCUUUUCUGCUAGUCAGGGCGGACUGGCCUUCUCCGGCUAUUCCUGCCUGGCCCUGGGACAGCCACAGCUUGGAGGCUCACUCCUUCCCCUGGCCCUGGUGAGUGGUCAGGGCCCCAGGUGCAGGGCUCUGCCCAUUGUCUCUUCUUUGGAGAGAUGGUUCUGUGGACCCCAGCUUGGCCAAGAUUGCUGGGGAAGUCCUCGGGAGCUCCCGCCUCGCAGGAGCUGGGGACGGGGUUUCUAUUGAGGAAGAACUCUGCAAGCCACGGGUGGGGAGACAAGGGGGCUACUCCAUGCAGGAAAGGUUGGAGUCUGAGCCCUGAAGAACUGGCCCAAGGAGGGGCCUGGAAGAGUCUUGGUUGCAGGCAGAUGGAGGCAGAAAGGUGGGGAAUGGCUGUUGAGCGAUCUGUGGGAAGUUGGUGGGAAGAAGCCACCGGCCAGCCAGCCUCCCAGGAAGGGCAAUGACCCGCAAAGCAUCGGCGGGAGCCAAGCAGGAGGCUGCAGACAAAGCGGGCCUUUCUGGCAGGCCUGGGCAGCCGGCCACCUUCCUGAAAGGGAGUCUCUGAGUGAGCGGCAGGGGCUGCAGGAGGAGAUCUCCAUCAGAGCCCGUCUCAUUACAGCCUGGAAGAUGGCCAAAGUGGAACGGUCGGUGAGGUGACGAAGGAAAAAUGGGGGCUUCCUAUGCUACUGACAUGGCAGCAUUUCUGAGUGGGGGAACGGCCUCGCCGCCACGUGGCCUUCCGUCAGGACAUUCUGGGAGCAGAGGCAGUGCCGUCCCCGAUGAGCUGUGUGGAGGCAUCUCAGCGGCAGCCAGGACUCCAUUGAAGCUCGCCUGACUGAGCCACAAGGCCCACGAGCCCUUCGUUACUGUCCUGAAUGGCCCAUGGGCUGGGGCACAGACCCCCUUGGGGCCAGUCUGGGAGUGACCCCUCUGGAAGCCAUUUCCUGUUCAGCAUCGCAGGAGCCGAAGCUCAUGGGGGCUUCAGAGGCCAGCCAGCGGCUGGUCCACUCGGCAUGCCCAUUGCCGUGUGUAUCCUGUUGACAUCUGUGGCCGGCCGUGGCCAGGGCUGUCCCUUCCCUCUGCUCACACAGUCUGCUCAGCUGGCCAGCAUGGCUGCUCUGGCUCUCACCACAGGACCCUCAGGGUGGGAACUGGAGCCCCUGCCCUUUCCAUCCCGGCUUGGCCCUUACACUGAGACUCCAUUGGAAUCUCCUGGUUCAAUGCGCCAGCAGGUGAAGACAGCUGCCAUCUCCCACCCCAGCACCAUGUUUCCUCUUCUCUGGCUCCACAUGGGGGGUUCUUCUCAUUGGUCUUCACACCCCAGCCUGUGUGCCCGGCUAGACACGGCCCGGUGGAUGAUGCGUCCUGGGCUCUCCUGUGGGCACUUCCUGCCAUCCCCUGGCCCAGUCACUCACUGCAAACGCCUUAAGGACAUGGCAGAGGCUUCCACGAGCAUCCUCUGGACACGGCAGAGGCUUCCACGAGCAUCCUCUGGACACGGCAGAGGCUUCCACGAGCAUCCUCUGGACACGGCAGAGGCUUCCACAAGCAUCCUCUGGACACGGCAGAGGCUUCCACGAGCAUCCUCUGGACACGGCAGAGGCUUCCACGAGCAUCCUCUGGCCUCGGCAGAGGCUUCCACGAGCAUCCUCUGGCCUCGGCAGAGGCUUCCACGACCCAGCCUUUUGGGGACCUUCUUAACAGGCAGAAUGCUUGCUUUGUGGAGGAGUCAUUUGUUUUAGAGCAAACGUUCCCAGCCUCAGUCAGCUGCUCGUCCUGUUUCCUUUUGUGCCGUUGGACAGCCAAAUGUUUUCUGAUAUCUCCCACCUGCCCUUUCCACGAGCAGAAGCCACUCCAUUGGGAACCACGAUCCCUGGUCAAUCCCUGCUGGCCGGAAGUUGGCAACAGCCAGGUGCUGUGCCGAGUUCUCGGCUUAACUCCCAGACCCGCCACGUGCCACGUGAGGCCUGCCAGAAAAGGUCGUGUUCUGUGAAAAAGGACAUUUGGUGGCCAGAGGCCGAGAGCCAGCCUUGCUGAGGAAGGGGCUCCCUGGGCACUGGCUCCUACGUGGGCUGCUUCCAGGACAGCGGCCCUGCCCGGACCCUGAAGGGGGUGGUGUUUUACGAUCUGCGGAAGAUGACCGUGGCCGGCUGCCAGGAAGCCUGUGCUGAGUGGUCCUACGUGUUCGCGGGCCUCCAAGACGGCACCGAGUGUUACUGCGGCAACCGGCUGCCCAAGAGGAGCUCCGGGGCGCAGGAGUGCAACCGCGAGUGCCGGGGGGAGAAGGGCUCCGUCUGCGGGGCCCCCGGCCGGCUCUCCGUCUACCACGUCGGGGGCCUGUUGCUCGGCUCCUCCAGACGCCCAGUUCUGCAUCCGCUGAGCUACCCAGUGGCCCCUGCAGCAUCUAACUUUUUGGACUCAGGGCCUGGAACGAAGUCUUCCCUGUGUGGAAGAGAAAGAUCUGGGUGUCAGAGUGGACCCUGCCUGCUGGUCCUGGGGAGGAGCCUGAGCCUCGCCUGCUUUAGUAGGACCUCCACCUACCGGGGCUGUUUCCCUGUGCCCAGCAACCUCACGGCCACCCUGGCCACCCCCCUGAGCCGUCCCAACCUGACCGUGGACAGCUGCUGCCAGCUCUGCUCCAGCCAGGAGUUCCCGCUGGCUGUGGUCCGAGGCCCCGAGUGCUUCUGCGGCUUCCCCACCCCGAGCUUCAGCCUGCAGGACGCCGUGGACGCGGCUCUCUGUGCCGGGAGCCCCGAGGCUGCGGCCAACUACUGCGCCGUCUACCAGACGCCCGUCCAAGACACGCGCUGCACCGACCGCAGCUUCCUGCCCGCCAAAGCCCAGGUCUUCGUGGCCCUGUCGAGCUUCCCCGGCGCCGGCAACACGUGGGCGCGCCACCUGAUCGAGCUCGCCACAGGCUUCUACACCGGCAGCUACUACUUCGACGGCACGCUCUACAACAAGGGUUUUAAAGGGGAGAAAGACCACUGGCGGAGCCGGAGGACCAUCUGUGUGAAGACUCACGAGAGCGGCAGGAGAGAGAUCGAGAUGUUCGACGCCGCCAUCCUGCUCAUUCGGAACCCGUACAGGUCGCUCGUGGCCGAGUUCAACCGCAAGUGCGCCGGCCACCUGGGCUACGCCACGGACAAGAACUGGAAGAGCCGAGAGUGGCCCGACUUUGUCACCAGCUAUGCAUCCUGGUGGUCAUCGCACGUCCUGGACUGGCUCAAGUAUGGCAAACGGCUCUUGGUGGUCCACUACGAGGACCUUCGCCGGAGCCUCCUCCCCAAGCUGAGGGAGAUGGUGGCCUUCCUGAACGUGUCCGUGACCGAGGAGAGGCUUCUGUGCGUGGAGAGCAAUCAGGAGGGGAGCUUCAGGCGCCUGGGGGGCCGGGCCCGAGAGCCCGAGCAGGCCUUCACGGCCGAGAUGAGGGAGCUCAUCGAUGGCUACAUCCGCACUGUGGACCGGGCCCUGAGGGACAGGAACUGGAAUGGCCUGCCCACAGAGUACGUGCCCAGAUGAUGGGGCCUGGCACCGUCCCUCCCACCUGUGCUCCCCCAUACGUGCACACCCACUCACACUCAGACAUGCACGCACACCCACUCACACUCAGACAUGCGCUCACACCCACUCACGCUCAGACACAUGCUCACACCCACUCACGCUCAGACACACAUGCACACCCACUCACGCUCAGACAUGCACGCACACCCACUCACACUCAGACAUGCGCUCACACCCACUCACGCUCAGACACAUGCUCACACCCACUCACGCUCAGACACACAUGCACACCCACUCACACUCAGACACGUGCUCACACCCACUCACACUCAGACUUGCACACCCACGCUUACACUGACAUGCACGCACACCCACCCACGCUCACACUCAGACACGUGCUCACACCCACUCACACUCAGACACGUGCUCACACCCACUCACGCUCAGACACACAUGCACACCCACUCACACUCAGACACGUGCUCACACCCACUCACGCUCAGACACACUCCCACAGGCUCUCAGAAGCCCCUAGGUUUACAGCCCCAGUGCCUUGCUGGGGUCAGCUGAGGAAGGCAGUUUUCCUUGACUCUGGGAAGCUCUCGGGUGGGGCAUUCCCUGAUGCUGCUGCUUUGGCCUGCCUUGGAAGGUUCGGGCCCCCGGGUGCCGCUAGCUGCCAGGCGAACGGAUUGCCUUGUCACUCCCACAUAAACGCCUUGGCUGGGACUUAGAGACUCCUUAUUCGUUCCUGCUCCAGGCUGGCAUCAGAAGCCCGAAGGGAUGCUCCAGGGCCCCGCUUUGGGCUGAGGGAAGCUGGGGGAGGCCCAGGAGUGUCCUGGGAAGGCCCGGGAGUGGGUGUGGGGUGGAGGCUGGUCGGACGGAGCCCAGAGGGGCCCUCCCUGUUCCAGUGGGCUGGUCAGGUCUGUUCUGUGAACUCUAAUAACUCGGCCUUUCUGGGUCUGCGUCUGUA